AUGAGCUACACAUUGCUUGAUUCUCCCAAGCAUGGUGAGGUUGAACACUAUAAUGACCUUGUACAAGAAACAUCCAAGGCCGUGGGUCAAUUUAAUCAGGUUACACGCACUAUUGCGCAGAAAAUGACGCUAUUUGGUACACCACAAGACUCGCGCGCCAACCAUCAGCAGCUCACAGAGCUUAUGGAUCGUGGUUAUAAACUUGUGGCUAAGAUUAAUCGUCGGCUGAAAGAAUUAGACCAGGGCAUGAAGGCUGCAAGUGGCCGUGCGCGGAAAACGCAGGUGGCCAAGUUGUCCAUGGACUACAAGAAUCAAUUGAAACGUUUUGAGGAGACGUGCCAGAAGCUUUUGGAAGCUGAAAGAGCUGCCGUUUCGAACCUUCGUCGGUCUUCUUUGUCCUUCCGUUCGGAUGAUAACGAUAAGCCUGUGGGCUUUGACGGGUACAAUGAGGACCAAAUCUACGCACAAGCUAAUGUUACGAGCUACAAUGAAGAUGACUUGGUACGAAGAGAAGAGGAUAUUCUUAAGAUUAACCAGCAGUUGCAUGAAGUGAAUGCUGCCUACCAAGAGGUGGACGGACUCUUACAGGACCAGGCCGAGAUUGUUGUGGACAUCGAAGAGAAUACGAAUGCGGCACAGGAAAACACGCAAGGCGCGCUGCAAAACGUGCGGGAGGCUAACCUCAAGCGCGGCUUUUGCAAGUGCUCAAAGACGAAAAUGAUCUGCCUUGGUGCUUUCGUGCUUUUAGUGGCUGUGGCUGUCAUUUCAAUCGUGGUGGCUGUUCGAUAA